AUACAGGGUUUGACACUUUUCUACUAUUACGUGGUGACUUUUAUUUUUUUUUAAAUCCAAAAUUCCGUGACCCGGAAGUACUAAUUUAGUGUAGCUGGUAGAGAUUAUACGUCAUUGAGGUGCAUUUGUGCGAUAGAUUAUUAAAUCAACCAUGCUAUGCAGCCACAUGCAAAUCUUACAGAUAUAGCAAAACUAUCUGUAUUCAAACAAUAGAGGUUUGAAUAUAUUCAGACAAGCUUCGUUUGUCAUUGGAAGGAGCAGCCUGGACAUUGGAAUUCAGUUGAAGAGUGACUGCCGCUGAACCUUGAUGGGCGAAUCAGGGUCGCGCCGCUCCACGCUCGUCUCCAGGCUGCCCAUCUUCAGGCGGAGCAUAAGUAAGAGGCAGGACUCGUUGCCCUCCUCCCCAUCCUCGGCCGGCGUGGGCAAUGGCGUUCACACCUCGUCCCCCUCCAGCACCAACUCCAGCAACAGCAGCACGGGCAAGCGCCGUAGCCUGUUCCGCACACCCUCCAUCAGCUUCAGCAGCAAGAGGAACAGUGAGCCGCCACGCAUCCAGACCCCUCCUCUGGACCCAGCCCAGGACACCAACAGCAGCCAGAACAACCCUCCGCUGGGCUUCCAAGAUGGCGCUGUGCUUCCACGGGCCAAGACGCGCCACUCCUUUGGCUUUGGGGGCCACCGGCAGAAAAAGAUCACCCGCUCGCAGACUGAAGACUUUGAGAAGGUGACCUCCACGGCCAAUAGGAACGUGUUCAUCAACUGCAUCAGCUCAGGUACCAACGAGGGCGAUGACUCGGGGUAUCUGGAUGACUUCAGCGGCGACAGCAAGUGCUCGUACAGGCAGAAGAAACCGCUGCUGCCCAAGUCCUUCUCUGCCCACCACCGCUUCUCCAAGAACACUGAGCAGUGCAAGCCCCCAGUGGUGAGUGUAGUGCCGCCGACGUCGGGGGGUACCCCGGGCUCGUGGCCAGGCGAGCUGCUGGGGGACAGCUCCCUGCAGUCGCCCAUUUUGUCUGAGGACCGCACCACGGCCCUCACCCCCUCCGAGUUUAAUAUCCCCAUCACAGAGGACUCUGUGUCUGAGGUGGACGUGCUGCUUGCCCCCAGCCUCGCCGCCACGCCAGACAACUUCAGCCAUGUCGUCUCUACCUCCCAGGUGUUCUUCAUGCCUGCCCAAGCUGCCACAGACAAGCCCCUACUGCCAGACACCAGCACCACAGAGUCUGAGACUGCAGUCCCUGUCACAGAACCAGCAACAGCUGCAACACCACCAAUGCCACCGGAACAACCAACACAAUCACAGGAAGAGAAGGAAGAAGGGGAAGAGAAGGAGGAUGUUGUGAUGGUGGAGGUCAGACCAGCGCAGACGGAGACUAGUGAGAGCGAGGCAGGCCCAGUGCGUAGUAAAGGCUACCAUUCCAAUCCAGAGCAGUCUGAGAGGAGGUCCAGGAACACAGUGCUCAUCCAGGAACCAGGCAAGGGAGCGUGCUGCGGUAGACAUGAACCCAGGUCAUGUCACCUGAGGAAACCCCACACAGUGUCCAUGUGCAGCAGCAGCGCCAGCCCCUACCACGAGGUGAUGCGCAUGGAGCGCCGGCUACGUUCCUCCUCGGAGGGUGCCGGGGGGCCACGGGGGCUCCACCUCAACCUCAAAGAGCCCCAUUGCACUGCCGAGGGGAGCGUGCUGCUGAAACAGAGGACCAACUCGUCGUCCUCCAAGCUUGGCAGCCUUGAUGUACUGAACAAUCUGGGCUCGUCUGAGCUGGAUGAGGAUGACCUGAUGUUGGACCUGGAUCUCUCUGAUGACCAACGCCAGCGUCACGUAUUCCGAGAGGACUCCAGCCAGUCCCUAGCAUCCUGCCUGAACCUGAUGCACUCCCCACUGGAGCCCAAUGUAGACAGGAUCCCUGGCAGGGAGGCCAGAGACACCACCAUCAUCCACAGGGAGCCUUGCCGGCCGACCACCCUGCUGCCGUCUGACUGGUGCCUGGGCCGGGAGGACGAGGCCCCGGGGCUGGAGGCACUACCCCUCAGGCUGAUGCAGCAGGACUGCACUUCCGUCAAGACCCUGCUGCUGCGCCUCCGGAGGACCCUGCAGGAGAGCACUGACACAAGUCCUGCAAGCAGCCUCCAUUCUCUCCCCAUCAGCCCCUGUAGUGAGAAGUCACUGCCCCUAAAGGAGCCGGGGAGGGAAGAGGCUCUGCUGCGGCAGCUGAGGGAGAAGGAUGAGCUGAUCUUCCGACUGCAGGCUGAACUGGAGAGUGCCAAAGCUGCCCUGAAGCCCACCUGCCAAAAACCUGACCGAACUACGCAGACUGACCCUCUUGGACCAGAGACCAUCCAUCCAAGCCGAGCAACAAGCCAAAACAGUGCCAGCACAAGAGACAGAAGGGCGGCCCGGUCUCUCAACGUGGACCAAUAUAGCCGUGUGGUGGCUGAGCGCUCAACUACCAGUGACGUGCGCCACUGCCCAGCCCCGACCCAAACCCCGGCCCCACCCCUUUCCUCCAGUGGGCCCUUGGGAUGCAGGGACCAUUCAGCGGCCCCCAGGAGAUCAGAAGAGGCUCUGUCCUCAUCAUCAGAGGCAGGGGCUCUCAGGAAAAGUGAAUACCCAACCAGUCAGAUCCCCCGGGCGAUGGGGGUGGGGGGCAGCAGCUCCAGCCUCCAGAGUCGAGACAGCCCCUGCCGAAGCUGCCUCUCCUCAGACAGCGAGAGAGCCCCCGUGCCAAGCCCCCGCCAGCCUCCUCCUCCCUCCACCACCACCACCUCCUCUUCCUCCUUUACGGGCCGCCUAGGCCAGCCCCCCAGAGGGCCCUUGUCCCUGCACAUGUACAGCCGCAAGAACGUCUUCCUGCAGCACUCGCUCCACACUGCUGAACUGCAGGCCUUGGUCCAGCAUAACGGCUGAGGCGCGCGCCACACACACACACGCACCUUUCACUUUUCCCAUAUACCCUAAACAUAUCAUUGAAUGGACACAUCACCGUCUGAAUCAUGGAAGUGAAGGUAAUCUCUGGAAUUUAUCCAACAAUCAGUGUCAACUCCCAAGCAUCUUCCGUUCACCUCAAAUCUAACACAUUUCGUACAUCUCAUUCUCUCAACCCUAGCUCCUCCUUAUCAUUUUGCUAUGGCAGACACUUUAAAACUAUCUAUAUCACAUCAUUGGGACCUUUUCUUCUCUUCUUAGUAACAAAUAUGUUGUGUUACACUGUCAUCCAACCAAACCUCCAAACAGUACCUCGGUAGGUACAUGUCUAUAUGCGUUUCUUUGGUUCUGUGCAUUUGACCAUUUUGACAUUUUAUAUUACUGUAGAAGGCUGAUAGAUGUGCUCACUUGAACACACACCAGUCAGUCAGCCUGCCUGCUAGCAUUAACAAGGCACUCGUCCAUCUAUCACUUUAGAUUAGCACUGAAUGUUGAGCGUUUGCUUAGAGGUGCUAAUGUCCACACAUGCGUGAACCCACACACUCUAGCGCCAUAGGGAAUUAACUAAUGUGAGAGUUGUAGCUACAUUAGCAAAGCUGAACAUGACCAAACCAUGAUGCUCAUUGCACUGACAAUGUGACCAACAUAAACUACAUGCCCAAAAGUAUGUGGACACCUGCUCGUCGAAUAUCUCAUUCCAAAAUCAUGGGCAUUAAUAUGGAGUUGGUCCCCCUUUGCUGCUAUAACAGCCCCCCCUUUUCUGGGAAAGCUUUCCGCUAGAUGUUGGAAUAUUGAUGCGGCGACUUGCUUCCAUUCAGCCACAAGAGCAUUAGUGAGGUCAGGCACUGAUUUUGGGCGAAUAGGCCUGGCUCGCAGUCGUUGUUCCAAUUUAUCCCAAAGGUGUUCGACGGGGUUUAGGUCAAGCUCUUUGCCGGCCAAUCAGGUUCUUCCACACCGAUCUCGUAAUACCAUUUCUGUAUGGACCUCGCUUUGUGCACGAGGGCAAUGGCUGAAACAGGAAAGGGCCUUCCCAAAACUGUUGCCACAAAGUUGGAAGCACAUAAUCAUCUAGAAUGUCAUUAUAUUCUUUAGCAUUAAGAUUUCCCUUCGCUUUAACCCUAGCCCAAAACAUGAAAAGCAGCCCCAGAACAUUAUACCUCUUCCACCAAACUUUACAGGUAGCGUUCUCCUGGCAUCCGCCAAACACAGAUUUGUCCAUCAGACUUACAGAUGGUGAAGAGUGAAGCGUUUUACCUUGUCAGCUCGGGAUUCGAUCUAGCAACCUUUCGGUUACUGGCCCAACGCUCUAACCACUAGGCUACCUCCUGCCCCAACACUCCUGCCGAUGCUUGGCAUUGCACAUGGUGAUUUUGUAGGCUUGUAUGCGGCUGCUUGGCCAUGGAAACCCAUUUCACAAAGUUCCAGACGAACGUUACUUCCAGAGGCCGUUUGGAACUUGGUAGUGAGUGUUGCAACCGAGUACAGAUGAUUUUUACACACUACGCGCUUCAGCACUCUCCGGUCCCAUUCUGUGAGCUUGUGUGCCAUACCACUUCGCAGCUGAGCCAUUGUUGCUCCUUCACAAUAACAGCACUUACAGUUGACCGGGGCAGCUCUAGCAGGGAAGAAAUUUGACACACUGACUUGUUGGAAAGGUUGCAUCCUAUUACGGUGACAGUCACUGAGCAUUGAAAGUCACUGAGCUCUUCAGUGAGGCCAUUCUACUGCCAAAGUUUGUCUAUGGAGAUUGCAUGGCUGUGUGCACUAUUUUAUACACCUUUCAGCUACGGGUUUGGCUGAAAUAGCCGAAUCCACAAAUUUUGAAGGAGUUGUCCACAUACUUUUGUAUAUAUAAUGUAAGUGCAUCCUUGUAUCACCAAAUCCUGGAGUCAAAGAUCCCAACUCAGAUUUUUACACAUUCAGAUAAGCCCAUUUUAGGGAGUUUCAUUCAUUACAGGUCCAAUGCAGCUGUUUUUAUUUCAAUAUCAAAUCAUUUCUGGGUAACAAUUAAGUACAUUAUUGUGAUUGUAUGCAAUUAAAAUGGUCAAAAUGAAACAAAUUGCUUUUUAGCAAAGAGCAAUUUCUCAAGCCACGUCUGAGUUGGGAGGUGAAAACUAGCUGUUAUUGGCAGAGAUGUUUGUAACUUUUUUUAUUGGUCUAUUAACUAAUUUACCACCUGGAGAUUGCACCAGGUAGAUCAAAACUCCAUCCCACAUGAAACAGGCAGAAAUUGCAGGCAGUGUUUUCAAACGGCUCUUCCACUGAAAGGGUAUGAUCAUCUUUUUCACUAUUUCCCAGUAUUAUUCCAGCCUCAUAGUGUGGAAAUAUAUACAGGCAUAUAUACAGGCAAACACGUUUUUGACUUUCACAGGGCCUUUAACCUUUUAGUAAUUGCAUGCUUUUUAUCAUUGUAGACAACACAUAUUUUGUACAGUGAAAGUGUGUGGGUCAAACAUUGAUUUUACAGUCUUUAAUAAGAACAGACAUGUCUGUCUACAUUUGACACUUUUUAUAAGUGGAUAUCAGAAACUGGUUGUUGCAUCAGGGCCUGUAUUCAAAAAGUGUCUCAGAAUAGGUCUGAUCUAGGAUUUGUUUUGUCUUUAAGAUCAUCAUGAAUAUGAAGACUUGGAUAGGAGGUUCCUGAUCCUAGAUCAGCAUCUUACCCCGAGACACAUUACAACGGAGUAUUGUAUGAGAAUAGAACCCUAUCCUUGUACUGUCACUAAUUUAAGGCAAUGGUUAUUGUUCAAGGCACAGCAUUUAAUAAGUAAGUACUCAUGUUUGUAGAACACCAUCAUGAUAGCAAUGUUGACGAUCCAUGAGGAUACUUGUCUUUCGAGAUGCGUUUACAAAAACGGUCGUGAGCUGUAACGGUUAAGUGUAUAGUAGUAUACAGUUGUCAGUAGAGUCUUGCGGGAGAAAGCCUGUCUGUCGUCACGGUAAGCAGUAGAAAGUGGUACAGAAUGCGCCAUUAUAGUUGGAGUGGAAGCAAGGACUCGUAGAGGUGAAGGAAACCCUGAAGAAGCGCAGCUUUACCCCCCGCGGUCCAGCUUCACUCCCUCAGGUCUACUGCUCCACUUUAUUUCCCUCCUUUUUCUCGCUCUCUGUUUCUUUCUCCUUCACUCUCGUCCUCUGCUCUCCCUCUCUCAGCCUACAUACACAAGCCCUGAAUCCUCACACCCAGAGAAAGCGGCCUGGAGGAGGGCGUGUAUUCAGUGUGCUAUCUAUCCUGUCUUUAGCGGGGCUUGUUGUAUCACAUGACUACAAGGAGGGCUAGUGGAAGAAGCCAGCUGCACUUACCCAUGAUGACGUCUUGCCAAACACAGCCAGCACACCAGCUUUUAUCCCCCAAGCGUUUGACCCCCGAUUCAACUAUAUGUUUGAUACGGACCUUCUCAGCUUCUUUACUGCAAUUUUGGGAUAUAGCAACAUACUGUUCUUAGAACAAAGAUUAAUUUGUAUUGUAAGGGCAUAGUUAAAAGGAUAAAGUUGCGUGUUUGAGUUUUGAACAAUCGUGUGUACAACUGAAGAACAAGGACGUAUUCUCUUGUAGUGGACAGAACGAGAGUCUCAUUAACUCACGAUUCUUAGCUGACCGUACAGUAGAGGACACUUCGUUCACUUUGAGCUCACCUAUUUGUUAGUUUUAUUUGAUGUUUUGUGAGAUUGGAUUACAAAGACUAAUGUCACCAUUUUUAUGAAGAACAUGACUGUAAUUAUGCACUGGUGAUGUGACGUUAUAUACUGUAUAUUGUACAUAGAUACAACCUGACAAUAUUAAUUUAAGUCGAUUUAAGGUUAUUUAAAAAUAUAUAUAUACAGGGUUCACAAUGUAGAGAAUUUUGAGAUUAAAAAAACUGUUAAAUGUUAUAAAAUCGAACUGUAAUUUAUCUCGACCACAAUCGUUGUUGAUUAAAUGUUUUACCGACUAA